CUCCUCCUCCGCCCCCUGUCCGCUCGCUCCGUCUCCCCCGCGUUGGGUUUCCUGGUUAAGAUGGCGUCCCCCGCGGCUGCACGGGCAGGGAGGCUUCUGCGAGACGUGGCGCUCAGGCCCGCGUUCCUGGCCGCCGGGUUCCAGGCAGUUCAGUUAACCUCCAGAAGAUGGCUGAACCUGCAGGAAUAUCAGAGCAAGAAACUGAUGUCCGACAAUGGAGUGAGGGUUCAAAGAUUCUUUGUCGCAGACACUGUGAAUGAAGCUCUUGAGGCUGCUAAGAAACUAAAUGCAAAAGAAAUCGUUUUAAAAGCCCAGAUCUUAGCUGGAGGAAGAGGAAAAGGUGUCUUCAAUAGUGGUUUGAAAGGAGGUGUUCAUUUAACAAAAGAUCCCAAAGUUGUGGGACAGCUGGCUAAACAGAUGAUUGGAUAUAAUCUAGCCACAAAACAAACUCCAAAAGAAGGUGUGAAAGUUAACAAGGUGAUGGUUGCUGAAGCCUUGGACAUUUCCAGAGAAACCUACCUGGCGAUUCUGAUGGACCGGUCCUGCAAUGGCCCUGUGCUGGUGGGCAGCCCCCAGGGGGGAGUUGACAUUGAAGAGGUGGCUGCUUCGAAUCCAGAACUUAUUUUUAAGGAGCAAAUUGACAUUUUUGAAGGGAUAAAGGACAGCCAGGCACAACGGAUGGCCGAAAAUCUAGGCUUCCUCGGGCCUUUGAAAAACCAGGCUGCAGAUCAAAUUAAGAAGUUGUAUAAUCUGUUCCUGAAAGUUGAUGCUACUCAGGUGGAAGUGAAUCCCUUUGGUGAAACUCCAGAAGGACAAGUUGUCUGUUUUGAUGCCAAGAUAAAUUUUGAUGACAAUGCAGAAUUCCGACAAAAGGAUAUUUUCGCUAUGGAUGACAAAUCAGAGAAUGAGCCCAUUGAAAAUGAAGCUGCCAGAUACGAUCUAAAAUACAUAGGAUUGGAUGGAAACAUUGCCUGCUUUGUGAACGGUGCUGGACUCGCCAUGGCUACUUGUGACAUCAUUUUCCUUAAUGGUGGGAAGCCAGCCAACUUCUUGGAUCUUGGUGGCGGUGUAAAGGAAACUCAAGUAUAUCAAGCAUUCAAGUUGCUCACAGCUGAUCCUAAGGUUGAAGCCAUCCUUGUCAAUAUUUUUGGUGGUAUUGUCAACUGUGCCAUCAUUGCCAAUGGAAUCACCAAAGCCUGCCGGGAACUAGAACUCAAGGUGCCUUUGGUGGUCCGGCUUGAAGGAACUAACGUCCAAGAAGCCCAGAACAUACUCAACAACAGUGGGCUGCACAUUACAUCAGCUGUCGACCUGGAGGAUGCAGCCAAGAAGGCUGUGGCCAGUGUGUCCAAGAAGUGACAGCUUCAUCCUGAUCCCUUAGGGAAGGGAGGCCAAUUCUCCCUGCGAAAGGGUAGUUCUCUCAUCACUGUGAAGGAGAUGGUUAUCUUCUUGGGAAAAAAAGAGGGGAAGGCAUGCACAAGAAUCACCGUGUGACGAAUCUUAAAUCUGUAUUUUAUUGAAUAAGCUGUCUAGACAGCCUCAAUCUGAUUUUACUUACAGUCUCCAUAAAGAUAAUGUCCUGUGUUCUCAUAAUUCUCUAUCAUUGUAAGCCUGCUCAGCAGACAGUGUUUUGCCAACUUUGAGGAGUAGUCUCUGUGUCUAAAUAAUGUGUGUAUAUACAGAAUUGGAAAUCAGGUCCAGGUUUAUUUCCAAGAAUUUUGAUGAUUCUAAUCCUAUAUAACAAAAAGAAAUCACAAUCUAUAAAAUAUUCAGAUAAGAUGACAUUUAACAUAUUAAACACCAAAAAGGCACAGCUAAGACAUUCAGGCAAGUAGGCAUUACACACAGUGGCAGUUUUUACAAGUUUCCAAUUCCAACAUGUGUUUUAAAAUGGAAAGUCUGCAUUAAUAUACCAUGUAAGUAUUUUUACCAUUUUGCCUUAAUAUCAAAUAAUACUGUUUACGUUACACUAAAAGCCAGAAGCCUUAUUUGUGAUUUUGAAGUAGACAUUUCCAUUUUAAUGUUAAAAAUGAAGGAUGCUGAUUCUCAUGGAAAUCUUUAUAAUUAAGUCAUUUCAAGAUGAGACAACACUGAAGAUCAGAUUGUAUUGACUGUCAGCAUCUUCUCUCCCUUAUCCCACUCCCUGCUCCCUAGAACUACCAGUUUGUGCUUUAAGAAAUGGAAAAAUGUAUUUGAAUAGAAAGUGGCUUUCUUUUUCAUAGUGUCCAUUUUUGUGAUGGGUAAAUUUUUGAAUUAGAUUUUUAUCUAAAUUUUGGUAUAUUUUUAUCUGUAUACAAAUUUAAAUAAAAUCUUGUUUUGUAAUCUCUAA